AUGAGUUGGCGAGAUAUCUUGCGCCUUUUAGCCCAACGAUCCAAACGUUUACGGAAAAACAUGAAAUCAACUGACGGCGUCGCUACUAACGGUGAACAACCCGUAUUUAAUAACGGCUCAUGCAUAUCAAGCACUUCUUGCACUGAGAAUACCUCUGUUUCCACCACCAUCCAUCGUUACGAAGGCAAUCGACGCUUCCAUAAUGAGCAGGAUGUCAACUAUUUGUUGCCUACGGAUACGGAAGAGGAUGAUCGUGUCAAUCAACAACAUUGGCUUAUUCGUGAAGCCUUUGGAUCCCAUUUCAGCGCCCCUGUACACGAUCUUUUAGAAAACGGCACAAAAGUUCAUGAUGCUGGAUGCGGCCCUGCCACCUUUACUUUGGAGAUGAGCAAAAUGUAUCCUGCUUCCAAUUUUAUUGGCACGGAUGUUUCUCCACGUUUCCCUGAAUCCAUCAAGCCCAAGAAUUGUACAUUUCAAGUAUACAAUGUGACAUUGCCGUCCCCUUUUCCUGAAAACUAUUUUGGCUAUGUCCAUCAACGCCUACUUAUUCUGGGUCUUUUGAAGGAUGAUUGGCCCAAGGUGAUCAAGCGCCACAUGGAUACCCUGAAACCUGGUGGAUGGAUAGAAUUGACAGAGGUCAGCUACCUCAAGGAACACUUGAAGAAUGCUGGUCCCCAUAUAUCUCAAUGCAUGGACACCAUGUAUUCGGUGGUUGCAGGAGCUGGUCUUCACCCUAAUGCUGGUCCGGAUCUUGAACGUAUUCUUAAAGAAGCAGGCUUUAUUAACGUGGAAACGGUUACUUUUUACAUGCCAAUCAAGCAUAGCGGGAAAAUUGGUGAUCUCUUUUGGGAGGAUAUCCAGAUGGGCUGUAAUGCGGCGUUGAAAUAUUUCAUCUCCAUGGAUCCUUCUUUCAAAGAGCCGGGUGCCAUGCAACGGUAUCUCGAAUUGAUCGGUGAUGAAUGCUCAAAGAACUUGACCAGCAUGCCCUGGAUGCGUGUAUAUGGCCAAAAGCCUGAUAAUAAUAAUUAG